GCUCUUUCCGUCCUCACCAACACAACAAUGCAGCCCCUCACCACUUCCUCAAGACGCGUCAAGAUUCGAAGACUUCUCGAAGCCCUUCCAUGUCAUAAAAGCUGCGGUACAGUACCACCCAUUGCAAGCCGCAAGCCGCAAAAACCAGCUCGGGUGUAAGUAAGCGUGCGUUGUCCCGGAUGUGACGUGAGACAACAUCUCACAUCUCUCCUAUUACGAUGCUGUGCGACGUCUCGCCAAUCUCCUCAGUACUACAACAACAACCACCACCCUCAUCUGCAGCCUCAAAGAGCUAUUUUCACUUGCCUUCUGGAACGCGCCACAGCGAGUGUUAUGCUGGAAUCCGCUCCGAUCAUCUCCCUAUAGCAACCUUCAUGCGCUUCGACACAUUGGAUGACUCGAAAAUACGACCAUCACACCAAACCCGUCGGAACUGAUGAGAGUAGAGGGAGUGAGAUGUCUCGGCAAUUGAUGGAAUGUCUCGCUCACGACUUACAUUCAUUACAGCCUGAAAGAAAAAAUAGACUUCUUUCCUCGCGCCCAUGUCUCGGAAAUUAGAAUAUACCAUGAAUGUCUGGCUCGAGAAAUGUCUCUGGUCUCGUUCCAGCCUGGCUUUAAACCCAUCCGAAGGCCGUUUUUGGAAACCCCCCCCCCCCCCCCCCCAAGAAAGGAAUUUGGAGCGAG